UUAGGAGGUAAUUAGCUAAGCAAGCUCAAGGGAGGGAGGCGGCAAUGGAGGGAGAGAAGAAGAAGAAGCAGAGCGAGGUGGUGCUGCUGAACUGCAAGUGGAGCAUGUUCGGCAACCGCGUCCGCAUCGCGCUGAAGAGGAAGGGCGUCGCCUACGAGGAGAGGCCGGAGAACCUCGCCGCCAAGAGCGCGCUGCUGCUCUCCUCCAACCCCGUCCACGGCAAGAUCCCCGUCCUCAUCGUCGACGGCAGGGCGGUGUGCGAGUCGCUCGUCAUCCUCGAGUUCAUCGAUGAGGCCUUCGCCGGGGCCGGCGAAUCGCUGCUCCCCGCCGGCGCGCACGACCGCGCGCAGGCCAGGUUCUGGGCGUCGUACGUCGACACCAAGCUGGCGGAGUGCGCCGGGAGGGUGUGGAGGUCGCCGGCGGGCGCGGCGGGGGCGGCGGCGGUGGAGGAGGCGAGGGAGGGGCUGGUGGCGGCGCUGAGGACGCUGGAGGCGGAGCUCGGCGGGAAGGCGUACUUCGGCGGCGAGGCGCUCGGGUACGUGGACGUGGCGCUGGCGCCCUUCACGCCGUGGUUCCUGACGUACGAGCGGUUCGGCCGGUUCGCCGUGGCGGAGGAGUGCCCGGCGCUGGCGGCGUGGGCGGAGCGGUGCCUCCGGGAGAACGCGUGCGUGGCGGCGUCGCUGCCGGAGCCCGAGCACGUGUACCAGUUCGCCUGUGCCAUGAGGAAGCACUUCGGUCUCGACGGCUAACAAGCUCGCCGGCGAUCACCCGACCGGCCGGCCGGCCAGCCGGUGCAAAUAAACAACAUAUGUGCUCUGCAUGCAUACGCCAUCGUGGAUGCAUGCGUGCAUGUAUAUUGUUUCCUCGAUCAUUUUCGCAUCUCAUCAUCAGAGUCGUUUCAUUGUUUUUGGUGUUAUAAGUUUGCGCAUUCUAAUUUACUUGGCUAUUCGACACAUAUUUAUCGGUGUGUUCUUAAAUUUGUGGUGGUGGUGUAACUUAAAUCUCUGAGUUUGUUUUUCGGGUCUUGUUGGAUGCUGGAUCAAGGAUGUGAUCAUCUGAAGAUGUUGUACUGUAGGUGUAUCUGGUGUUUUCAUUUUCAAAUUUCAAAAUAAUAAAAAGUC